AUGGAUCCCAUCACCACCGCAAACACUGAAUUUUGCCUUGAUGUGUUCAAAGAGCUGAGCAGUAGCAACGUGGGAGAAAACGUCUUCUUUUCUCCACUCACGGUGUUUUAUGCGCUCAGCAUGCUCCUCCUAGGUGCUAGGGGAAAGAGCGCCGAGCAAAUGGGAAAGGUGCUCCACUAUGACAACUUUUCAGGAUUCUUACAAGCAAAGAUGAAAAAUUCUUCUGAGUGUGGCCAAGUUGGAAGGAUGCAUCCUGAGUUCAGAGCCCUGGUAUCCCACAUAAACCAACAGAACUCCCUCAGCAUUGCUAACAGAAUCUACGGGUCAAAGGCAAUAGAAUUCCACAAGCAAUAUGUAAGAUGUUGUGAGAAACUGUACCAAGCCAAGCUGCAAACUGUUGAUUUUGAACUAUCUGCAGAAGAGACAAGGAAAAGUAUUAAUGCUUGGGUUAAAAAUAAAACUAAUGGAAAAAUCACAAACUUAUUUGUAAAGGGUACAAUUGACCCAUCCUCAGUUAUGGUCUUAGUGAGUGCCAUAUAUUUCAAGGGACAAUGGCAAAAUAAAUUCCAGAAGACAGAGACAGUGAAAGCCCCCUUUCACAUGAGUGUGGGUAAAAGUGCAGUUGUGGACAUGAUGUAUCAGACUGGAACAUUUAAGUUGGCCUUCAUAAAGGAGCCACAGAUGCAAGUCCUUGAGCUUCCCUAUGCCAACAACAAACUAAGAAUGGUCAUCCUGCUUCCUGUAGGCACAGCCAGUGUGAGCCAGAUAGAAAAACACCUGAAUGUGAAGAUGCUCCGAGAGUGGACUAACCCUUCUAACAUGGUGGAAAGAGAAGUGGAAGUUCACAUUCCCAAAUUCAGUCUUUCCCUAAAAUAUGACCUAAACACCCUAUUGAAAACCCUAGGCAUGAGGGACAUCUUCAAUGUGGCCAAAGCUGAUCUCUCUGGAAUGUCACCGGACAAGGGCCUUUAUCUAUCCAAGGUUGUUCACAAGUCAUAUGUGGAUGUCAAUGAAGAUGGCACGGAGGCAGCUGCAGCCACUGGGGAGAGUAUUUCUGUGAAGCGACUCCCUGUCACAGUUCAGUUCACAGCCAACUGUCCUUUCUUGUUCUUUAUCUGGGAUGAGUCUUACAAUAUUUUAUUUGCUGGCAAGUUUGCUUCUCCAUAG